AUGCUUCAUUCGGACCGUUUUGUGCGACCGUGCGAGAAUAUACCACGUUGUGACCGCCUGUCAGCUUGCAAACGUGUUGUUGUUAGUCCUUUCAUUACAGUUUGCACUGAACCAAACAUUGAGUUGAAGAAAAACGCUCAACUAAUGAUACCGCAUACUUUUGAAAAUGAUCCCUCUUUUCCCAAGUGUUACAAAGGGCGAAUUCUACUUUUGGAAAACAUCAUUAUGAAUGAAGACGGGAUAAACUGGUUAGGUGGUUGGCAUGAGUGUCAGGCUAGGUAUGUUAAAAAGUCGAAGAAAAUCAUUCUUCAUCUUGACCGUAUUUCUAUUGCCACCGUUUAUGUCGUUGUGUACGAAUAUCUGGCGGAUAAAACGUACACCUGUUUUCCAGAACGUUCAAUUCCGUUUAGAAGAAUUGACUAUGCAGUAAUCGGAAGUCAAUACUGCAGCAGUCCGAUGAACUUCAAGAUAGUCCGCUGUACGAACGGUGCAUCCAUAACCCACGCAAUCCGUCAUAGAUACGACGUUGGAACUGGAAAGCAUCUAGUCAAUUGGGGUCCAACAACAAAGAGCAGAAGAGUUAGACUAUUACAGCGGCCUCUUGCCGUUAGAGUGAAUGUACCACGCGAUGGCAUCAAAUUUUCACUAGAAAAAGAAAAUCCCCAAAUCAAGGACGAGUCUCAGUUUGCUGAUCAGUCUCACACAUAUCUCCCUUACAUGCUUGAAGGAGACGACGAACUUCGAGUCCAAGAUGCAAAGCCAACUGAAUUCAAAUCUGACGUUGUCGUCGGCGAUUGCAAAGUGGAAUAUAUAGUUCCUUUGUUGCAGCAGGGAGCGUUAGUCAGGAAACCAAGAGAAUUCGAUGCAUUCGUUUACAAUAAAUUAGAAAAUUGGGAAGAUUUUUACGAAAUGACUCGUGAAAUUUAUGAAAGACAAUGCAGAGCAACAAGGGUGCUUCCCCGUUUCACAUCUUGGUCAUCGUGUUAUUUCUCACAAGAUUCAUAUCCAAUUGUCGAUUUAGAUGUCAUUAAUUCUGUUACUCCAGUGAUUUGCUGCAGAUGGAAGGAGUUAGCAGAAGUUUUGGAAUACAGUAUUAGAGAGAUCAGGGAUAUGGUUGAUCCGAGAAUGCUAAUGAAAACCGACGAACCGACCGAAUUAGUCAGAAUGAUGCUACACAAAUGGAGUCCGGUCCAUAUACCCAAAACUAUUGCACAGCUUCUCCAAUUGUGUGACAGAGAAAGUGUUGACCUAAAACAAACAGUGAAAAAUCUGCUUGUCCAGAUAUAGUUGGUUUGAACAUAUUGCAGAGUAGUAAGGUCAGAAUCAAUUGAGUUAUUUGCAUUAACAUUGAGCAUAUCCACGAUAUUUCAGUUAUAAGCAGUAAGAAACGGCACUUUGUAAAGUCACGAGAUUUGUUAGUAGCCACAACAACUAAAAACAUAUAGUGGUAAAAUUUAUUCAAAGGUCUCUAUGUCUGGCUGGCUGACUGACUGUUUACAUUCUACACAACUCAUGCAACAACAGAACUGACAAACACAACAAAUUCUACUAUAAAACGAUUUUGCAU